CAGGAGGGAGAGAGAGUGGGACGGUCACAAGCAAGGCUAGCGGCAUCACCCAUCUCGUGCAAGAGAGGAGAGAGAGAGAGAGAGAGUGGAGGAGAGAGAGAAAGAUUGACGAAACAGAGUAGCAAGGGAAAGGGGGUGGUGAAGGAAGGCGUCAUGUCGGACAUGGCUGUUCAGUAUGAGCGUCUGCAGGCAGCCACUUUCACGGCUUGGAUCAACUCGCGACUUGCUGGACUGGACAUACAACUGGAGUCUUUGAGCAAACUAGGUGAUGGCAUUACCCUCAUCAAGCUCAUUGAAGUCCUCUCAGACUCAAAGGUCAAUGAUGGCAAGUACUCAAAGAAGCCAAGAAUGCGAGUUCAAAUCGUUGAUAAUCUCUCACUCGCUCUCGCGCACACCGCAUCCUUUGGCGUCAAUGUCACUGCUCGUCCGGCAAACUUUAUCGAUGGGGACAUCAAGAUGAUCCUUGGCUUUGUCUGGUCUCUCAUUUGCUCCUUCCAGAUCAACUCGGUCCAUUUAGAGCUGGUCGACGACGACGACGACUACGAGUUUGACGAGUCUGUCGACGCAGGGGACGUUUCGCGUCUUGAAGGCGACGGCUCUGGCCAGCUCGGCUCCGGCGAUGCAGGUGCUGCCGCUGGCGGGGCGAGUCCGCGCAUCGACUCGCCGGCCGGCCGAAGCCGCACGCCAGAUCGGCUGGGCACGCCGUCGCCGCGCCCUCGGCGCAACUCGGCUGCCAAGGUCUCGUCGGCGUCAGUGGCGUCGGACCUGCUCGAGUGGGUCAAGGCGACCGUCAAGGACUACGCGCUGAGCGUGACCAAUCUGACGAGCUCGUUUUCUGACGGCAAGGUUUUUUGCGCCCUCUGCGAGGUGUUGGAACCAUCGGCGUUGACCUUUGCCGACGUGCCGGCCGAGCCGGCCGCCCGGCUCGAGCUCGCCUUUGCAGUCGCUGAGUCUAGCUUUGAUAUCCCUCGUCUGCUUGUGGCCGAAGCUGUCACCGCCAUGCCUGACAAGUACUCGAUCAUGACGUAUCUCUCGUACUUUCGCACAUAUCAGGUCUCGUCGUCCAAGGCAUCAGCCAAGGCCGAGGCCUCGACUCGGGCGCUGCAGGAAGCCCAGAGCAAGCUGAAGAACACCGCUGACUCGGUUGCCUCGCUCAAAGUCUCUGUUACCGAGCAGGCUGCCGAGCUGUCGACGGUUCAGGCCGAGCUUGCCGCAGCCAACGAUACCAUUUCCAAGCUCAGCACCAAGUCGAGCCAUCUCGACGAGCUGUUGAAGGCGCAGACAUCCGCGAGGGAGGCUGCUGAGGCCGCUGAGGCCGCGGCUGCCGCUCAGGCCGCCGACCUGGCGCGCCAGCUCGAGUCGGCAGCGCAGGCCCCGCCGCCACACCCGCCUUCGCCGCCGCCGACCUGUACCGUCGCCACCCAGACUGGGCCGUUUGACGAGCUAGACUUGCUCCACGCAGCGCUUGCGGCGCAAGCGGCCGAGUUUGAGGCCAAGCUUGCGGCCCAGGCCGCGGCUCAUGUUGCCGAGUUGGAGGCUGCUCGCCGCGAGCAGCUUGACCGUGAGAAAGAGGCCACUGCUCGCGACGCCGCCCAUGCGUCCGAGCUCGCUGCGGCCAAGGCCGAAGCGGAAGCACAGGCCAAGGCGCAGGCUGAGGCCCACGCAUCCGAGCUUGCCGCCGUGGCGUCAGCUGUCGAGCACGCCAGCAGCCACGAGGCCGAGCUGGCAGCUACGGCAGCCAACUCGGCGGCGCACGAGGCCCAGCUCGAAGCGCAACUCGCGGCGGUCACGGCCGAGGCGGAGGCGCGGGCGGCCGAGCUGACUGCGGCGGCCGAGACGGCGGCAGCCCGCGAGGCCGAGCUCACCGCAAGCGCGGCCGCUCGGCAGGCGGAGCUUGAGGCAAAGCUUGCCGCGGCGGCAGACGAGGCCAAGGCUCGCGAGGCCGAGCUUGGAGAAACCAAGGCUUCGCUUGCGGAGCAUGUCGAGGCUCUGACGCUUGUGCGAACCAAGUUUGAGAAUGAGCGGACUAAGCGGAAAGCACUCAAGGAGCUGUCGAUUGCGCUGACUUCGGAGCGGGACGACCUCAAUGCCGAGCUCGCCAAGCUGAUGUCGUCGCUGGAGGCGUCCGGCGAGUCGAUGGACGAGCUGCGUGGUGCUGCGGUCCACAAGCUUGAGUCGGCCAAGAAGAAGGCUGCGGCGUACAAGGAGGCGCUGGUGGCGGAGCGCGAAAAGAGCGAGGCCAUCACCGCCAAGGCGCUCAAGCUCAAGUCGACCAACUCGGCGCUCAAGGACGAGCUGCGUCAGUGCAUGGCGUUUAAGGACGCUCUCAUUGCGUCCAAGGCCAAGGGCAAGGUUUACAAGGCCAAGGUGGCUGAGCUCAAGGGCCAGCUUGAGGAUGCGGUCGGGAGGCUGCUGAAGGAGAAGACCAAGCGCAAGGCGGCCGAGGCUAGCCUGGUCACCGCGCAGUCGUCGCCGUCGUCAGCUCCCGCUAACGCGGGUCCAUCGCACGCGCCGUCAAUGUCGCCGGCCGACGUUCACAACAUCCAUGCGCUCGAGACAAGCCUUAUCGGCGCCAUCUCGUCCGAACUCGACAAGCAGCGCGAGCAAGUCCGUCGGCGAAUGCAGGCUGCCAAGGCGCGCAAAGCCGAAGCCCGCACCCGUGCUACCGCCGGUGGCAGUCCCGACCACGAGCUGGCACCUGAGGAUACACCCGACGCUCCGGCUGCGUCCAGCCCAUCCGAGCCCGCGCCUGCGGCACGCCAGGCCCAGGCCCAGGCCAAGCCAAAGCCAAAGCCAAAGAUGCCGAUGUCGGUCUCGUCGGUCGAAGACCCGGUGUGCGGCGCAGUGGGGACCGAGCUGGAGAAGCAGCGGCAGAUGAUGGCUGCCCGCAUCGCAGCGCUCAAGGCGCGCAAGGCCAAAAUCAAGGCCGGAGAGAUUCCGCGGACGCCACGGACGCCGCCGCGGGAGGCAGCGGGCGGAGCAGGCGGCUCCGGCUUGAACACCAGCUCUGAGACAGAGACGCCGCGGGCGGGGGCAAAGGACAAAGCAAUGAUUUCGGCGCUGCAAAAGAAGCUGGUCUCUGUCAAGAAGAAGAACAAGGCACUGGCGAGCAAGCUGACGUCGGUCAAGAAGGCGCGCAAGACCGAAAAGGUCAAGGACGGCAUGGGCGACACGUUCUCUAUGGAAGCGAGUCUUGUAGCAGCUGUUGGCUCUGAGAUGGACAAGCAACGCGAGCGGACGCUGGCGAUGCUCAAAGCAGCCAAGGCGCGCAAGGCCGCAAACCGGUCGCGGUCGACGGUCGCUGGCUCGGAAAGUGCUGCCGCCACUGGCCGCGAGAAGCAGUCCGGGACCUCAGGCGCGGCUUCGCGGAGCACGAAGAGUUCCAACGGGUCGGUGGGCAGUGGCGAACGGUCUGCCUUUGAUCACCUUAACGUGCAAAAGACCGAGGACUCUGUUCGCGGCGCGGUCGGUGCCGAGUUGGACAAGCAGCGGCUGAUGAUGAAGGCCAUCAUGGCCAAGAAGAAGGCGGCCAAGGUGGCCAAGCGUGAGGCGGCAGCAGUGGCCCGCCGUCGCGGCUCGGUGGCGGAUUUGCGGGCAUCAGCUUCGGCUGCCGACUUUGGCGCCAGCGACUCGCUCUCCAUCCCAUCGUCGGUCAUGCUCACGCCGGUCUCAUCGCGGCCGUCGACGCCUUGCGGUGGGCGGCGAGGCUCGCUUUCGGUUGCGGACCUCGCAUCGUCACCGGGAGGCAACGAGGAGGCGAGCCGGCUGAAGAAGGAGCUCAAGCUCUCGCGCAAGAAGCUCAAGGCCGUAUCGGUCAAGCUCUCCGAUGUCAAGGGCAAGAACAAGAAGCUGGUCGAGCGGCUGGAGACGCUCAAGAAGCGGGACAAGAGCUCCAAGCUCAAGGCCGGCAUGGGUGAGUCGGUCUUCUCUGCUGAAACCACACUCACGACUGCCGUCUCGUCCGAGCUUGACAAGCAGCGCAAGCGGAUGGCGCUCGCGCUGGCCGCGGCGCGGAAGCGCAAGGCGGCGCGCAAGGCUGGUGGAGCUGGAAGCGCGGGCGCAAGUAGCGAGAUCAAGUCGCAGGGCUCGCGGGCAAAUGACGCAGCGCCACGAACAGCCACAGCAGCUGCGCCGGCCUCGUCACGGCCUGCAGCAUCGGAAGCGAACGCCACAGUGCUCGCUUCUGCGGUGGCGACCGAGCUCGACAAGCAGCGUCAGUUUGUGUCGGCGCAGCUGGCGCGGGCCAAGGCGCGACGGGCAGCAAAGCGGGCCAAGGCAUAA